AUGGGGGAUUGGCAUGAGAAACUAACUACAGCUGCUGGGAAUGGAGAUAUAGAAGCCUUAAAAUUAAGCCUACAGAAUGGUGCAGACAUUGAUUAUCAAGAUGUUUAUGGAGAGACAGCAUUAAUGUUUGCUGCCGAGGGAGGACACCUGGAGAUCUGUCGUCUCCUCAUUGAUACAGGAUGUAAGAUCAACAUCACAGAUACAGAAGAUGGAUACACAGCUUUACAUUAUGCUGCUGGGAGGGGAUAUCUACAGAUCACAAGAUGUCUGGUAGAACAAGGAGGUGCCAGUCCCUUGAUUAAAUCACAUGAGGGUAAGACUCCAUACGAUCUAGCAGCAAAAGAAGAAAAGGGGCAGUAUAAGGAAGUGAUGGAAUACUUACAGGAACUAUCAAAUCCAAUUUUGACCAAACUCAGACAGUUAAAUAGAAAUGAGUUCCAGGAUCUUGUAGCUCUCGGAACAUUUGCUUCCUAUGAAAACAGGGUUUAUUUGUCUGGGCCUUGUAACAUUGGGAAAUCGUCGCUUGCAAGUAUUCUUAUCGGCGAGGAAAUUCCAAAGACGUGGUUUUCAACUGAUGGACUAAUUAUUCAUUUUGGAAGAAAUGGCAUCGACUUACAACAACGAAAGAUGAUUCCAUUGGAAAAAGGUAGUGGUGAUGUUUUAGCAAAACUACUUCUCGGGAAUCCAGAAUUAAAGAAACAACCAAGUCUGCAAGAUGAGAGUAUAGAAAAAAAUCCAGGUGAUCCAAAGUCUAAUGUUAAAACAAAGGGAAAUCAAUUAAAUCUAUCGAAUGUAAAUCUGGGUCCUUCAAACCAGGAACACGUGUCACCGAAAUCCAAUAAGGAGACAUCAAAAAACUUCAAGGAACCACCAAUCCAUACUGCACAUUCCAUUCAAGAUGACUUAUUGGAGAAGAUUAAGAAAGGUACAAAUAUCAUGAAUAUAGCACCAUCAGAUCUGGUCGAUUUUGGUGGACAAAAAUCAUUUGAUAUGACCCAUCAGUUAUUUAUCCAGCACAGGGGAACGUUCAUUCUGAUGUUUGAUGGACGUAAAGGCCUUUAUACAGAAUUAGAAGAAUAUCCGCAAGGAGAUGUUACUGCAGCAUCUAUUCUGGAGCAUUGGAUUAAUUCUGUAUUGACAUACUGUAACAAAACUGAAGAUAAAAUGCCAAGAAUUUUAUUUGCUGCCACUCACAGUGAUAGCUUCUCAGAGGAUGAGCAAAAGAAACUGGUCCUUAAAUUCAAAGAAGAUCUGCAGAAAAUGUUUUCCUUACACAAGCUUCAUGAACAUAUCAUGUAUGACAAUGUCUUUUUCAUGAAUGCAACCGAUGCAGCAGAUCGAGAUAUUGAGCGCUUGAAGGAUACAUUAGUUGAUAUCGCCUUUCAGCAGUCAACAUGGGGACAACAGAUGCCGAUUGUUUGGGUGCCUCUUGAUUUACAAAUAUCAGAUAUGAGAGCAGAUGGAGUAAAGCUGAUAACAAAAGAAAAACUUUUAGAGAGAAACAAAUCUAAUAAAGAAUUUGCUCUGAAUGAAAGAAGAGUAGACGAUUUCUUAAUUGUUCAACACUCAAUUGGAAAGCUGUUGUAUUUCGAUGAACCUGCUUUAAGAGAUUUCAUUGUCAUUCAACCUUCAGCAAUGGUCAAUAUCCUGAGAGCCUUUGUUACAGACAAAAUGUUUUGGCCAGAAAAAGGACCCGUCCGAGACAUACUGGAAAAUUUAUCAUCUACUGGAGUUCUAAAGAAGACAGACCUGUUUACUCUUUGGUCACAACCAGCUUUCAAAGAAAUUUUGACGGAUGUCAGAACUAAGGAAUAUAUAAUCCAAGUCCUCCUUCAUCUAGAUAUCCUUGUAGAACCUAAACGCUACACUGAAAAAGACGCUGCUGCAGACUUAUUUCUAGUACCCUGCAUUGUGAAGCAAAAGAUUCCAAAACAAAUGCAGAAAAAUGCAACAGAUGACAGAACACUGUGCAUAGCUUAUCAUCUUAAGGAGACGGUGGUUCCAUCUGCUUUGUCGUUCAAACUUAUAGGGGCUGCAAUAAAUAUCUGGUCUCUGAAAGAAGAGGACAAUCGUUUUUGUCUUUAUUUUCAAUCUGCGAUUAUGGAUGCUGACAACAGAAAUGAACUUCAUAUUAAGGUUGAAGGUCAGAGAUUAUUUGCAUACCUCGUCAAUGAUGUGUCAAAACAGCUCAUAUCACCAGAUCUAGCAACAACAACACAGGAAUGCCUGACUUUGGCACUUGAACGAAUUCUUCAGUUUUACCCACGUUGUUUUGGUAAACAAAGUCACCAUUCCAUAUCAGAUCUGUUUGAAAUAGAAGUUGGAGAAAUGUGCAACGGUAAAACGUGUUUAGUACCUUUGACAGAUGCAAGAACAAAAGAAAAUUGGAUAUGCAAGAACAAGAAAAUACAUAAAACAAAAUGUCCUUUGAAUUGGGUUUUUGAAAAGAAUAAGAAGCAUUGUGACUCAAAUUGUAAAGGUCCUGAAACAAAAACACUGGACUUGAAACCAGAUAAUCAUCAUUUCGUGCAACUAGCAAGAACAAUUGGUAUUGGGGACUUCACCAACUUCUUUAUAAAACUUGGAAUGGAAAAAAAUGAUCUGGAGAACUUAAAUUUUCGUUAUUUUUCAAAUCCUAUGGAUUUUAUGUUGAUGGGGCUCUUUGAAUGGAGGGAUAAAACAGAAAGUAACCAAAUGAAUGCAACAUUCAGAAAACUGCAGACGGCACUGACGGCUAUUAAAAGACAGCACUAUCUGUGUCAGGUACACAGAGAGGAUCAAACUUUAACAAAAAUAGCUAAUGUUGGCCUACAAGAUGAACCUUCAGAUGACGUAAUUAAUAGUUUGACAGAAAAACAAUUGAUAGGUGAUUGCAUUGUUCACUUAGGCAUUGAAUUAGAACUAAGCAUUAAUAGCAUUAAGGCGACAAUAAAAAACAAUCCAAGGGAUGUUUAUGGUCAAUUUCAUGAUCUUCUCAUCAAAUGGAAAUCUGGCCAGGUAAAGCCAACAAUCUACCGACUAAUGGUAGCUUUGAAAAAUGUUAAAGCGUCUGAUGGACUAGCUUAUGUGAUGAAAACGUAUGAUGUUGAGCCAAACAUUAAUGACAGUUUGGAACAGGAAAAAAAGCAGUUUGACCCUAGUUUAUCAGACCUGAGGGAUAUUUUGGAUCAAAUGAUGACAAAGUUAGUGAUAUCAGUGGAUGACAGACGCAGCAUUGAACAAAAUACUGAUCAGGAAAACACCAUGCUAGAUAUAGUGAUCAAAAGGGGAGAGCCUAAUAAAUCUAUGUGUUUUUAUGUUUUAAUGCAAAAUAGUGGAUACGAAGAUCUAGCAGAAAAAUUGAUGUCUGAUUCAUCCAGCUCAGUGCCACCACCUUAUAAAACAGAAUUACAAGAUGUUCCAGAUUAUAAAAUACGUCUACAGAAGAAUUACCUAGAAAUAAUCAAGACGUUAAACCACGACCAGUAGAUCUACAACAACGGUGAAAGUGAAAGUACAGAAAAAAGGCAAACAAAAAAAAGGAGGAAGAACAUGUGCUUCAAAUAUUGUUUUUAUUUUCCAUAAACAAAUAUUACCUAACAGAUAGGCUCGGAAUGAUAAGAUAGAAAAAUGAAUCUAUCAACCCUUGAGACAUUUUUCAAUCAAUGUGAAAAGUGCAAUGAAAGGAUAUUUACAAACUGCAGUUUCAUUUUAUGAUAAUGAUUUAGAUAUAGAUUCAUCUGUAAUGGUAUAGGUAGAUGUAAUUUUUGUAGAUGUUUGUAUGUUUUUGCACAUUUGUACAUUUUCUAGGUCAAUUGACUAUUCACCAAUAGAUUGAUGCUUCAUGCUGAAGUUCCAAACAUUCUGAUACUGUUCCGUCGAAUGUGAUUGUUCAGUGCAUUUCAGUGUUGAUACUUUAAUAUUUGUUUUCUAAUGACAUGUAAAUUUAUGAAAUAUUUUGGGUAGCAGUACAGUCUAAAAAUGAUUUUCUAGUGAAAUGGUUUUUAUCAGAUAAUUUCAACGUACAUAUGUAUGUAUGUGACAAUGUCCAAAGACAGGAGCCUGUCCCAAGUCAGGAGCCUCUGGCCUUUGUUAGUCUGGUAUGAUUUUUGAUUUAAGUUUCUUGUGUAUAAUUCAGAGUUUAAUAUGACGUCCAUUAUCACUGAACUUUUAUGCAUAUUUGUUUAGGGGUCAACUGAAGGACGACUCCGGGUGCGGGAGUUUCUCGCUGCAUUAAUGGCUUUCAGUUGGUGUAAAUUGUCAAAUUAAAAGCCUGGUUCACUUUACAGUUUUAGUGUCAAAUACACUGUUAAUUAACAAUAACUACCUUAGCUUAAGGUCAUACAUAAUUUGUCUCUUUAAAGUAAUUUGACAAUAAAUUAGAGUAACUUCUUGAUAGAGAUCAAGUCUUAUAACAUAUUGAGUAUAAAUACAUACCAACAUAUUACAUUAUUUUAUUUUUCUAUCCGAGAACAAUAAAAAACCAUUUUGAAAAGUAUUUUAUUUAUCUCUACUUCCUAUUAAUGCUUAAUUAUUUUAUUAAAUGUUAAUAUCAGCAAUUCUGUUUGGUCAACAGUGCGAGGGAUUUAGAGCCAGUAAAGAACUUUUAAAACCCCUAUACGCAAGUAUAGUUUGCACUUUAUGAUACAUGACCCAAGCACUUAAGUCAAGUUAUCUAUAGAGAUAUAUCUUCACAAGAAGUAAUUUAUUUAGAAAUGUAAAUAGUAAUAUUGAUUUUAUAAAACUAUUUAAAUACACUUUACACAACUAAAGGUGUCAUUGCAUUAACUUUUUCAUUAUUGUGAUGAUGUCUUUGUCAUUUUACUUUUAACCAUUGUUUUGUGAAUAUUUUUUAAUGUUAUGUUAUAUAUCUAUUGUAUAUAAAUGUUAAAUAAUUAGAUACAGAUUAAAAAAAGACAAUUUCAGCUAAUUUUCACUUAGUACUUCACCAUGAGAACUUGUUCGGGAAAGUCACAGUGUUCAAUUUGAAU